GCUUGUUUGAGUGAAGAAAAAGAAAAUUGAAAGCAUUAACGUUGUUUUUGUUUGGUGAGAAAAUUAAUGGGACCUCUUGUGAUUUCUUCUUUUCUUUGUUAUGUUUUGUUAGUUUUCAGUGCAGUUAGAAUCCAAGCUAACGGUUGGCUUAACGCUCAUGCAACGUUCUAUGGGGCCAAUCAAGCUCCCACCAGCCUUGGGGGAGCUUGUGGUUAUGAUGAUACAUUUCAUGCUGGAUUUGGGAUCAACACUGCGGCGGUGAGCACUAUGCUUUUCAGACGUGGUGAGGCUUGUGGCGCUUGCUACCAAGUGAUAUGUGACUCCCGGACUGACCCAAAAUGGUGUCUUAGAAGCCGCAGUGUGACGGUAACCGCCACCAACUUCUGCCCUCCAAACAACCACGGAGGGUGGUGUGACCCUCCUCACCACCAUUUCGACAUGUCCAUGCCUGCUUUCUUUCGCAUUGCACGACAAGGCAAUGAAGGCAUUGUUCCUGUUCUUUAUAGAAGGGUUCCAUGCAAAAGAAGAGGGGGAGUAAGGUUCACAUUGAAGGGGCAAUCCAAUUUCAACAUGGUGAUGAUAUCCAACAUUGGUGGCAGCGGGGAUGUGAAGGCUGUAUGGAUCAGAAGAUCCAGAAGUGGAACAUGGUUGCCAAUGCACAGGAAUUGGGGAGCUAAUUGGCAAAGCAACGCAGACCUCAGAAACCAGAGACUCUCAUUCAAGGUUACCUUGGUUGAUGGGAAGACAUUGGUGUUUCUCAAUGUGGUACCUUCCACAUGGAGGUUUGGACAAACAUUUUCAUCCCGGAAUCAGUUCUUUUAGCAACUGAUGGUGAGCUAGAAGAGGGAGACAUAUAAUAUACAUCAAACAUCAUGUCCACAACCAUGCAAUUUUUAAAGGCUGGAGUGGAGGAUAUCAUAAAGUUUCUUAUUUUUUUAAUUGAUAGUUUUAAAUAAUUUGAUGAUGUAGUCCCAAGGAUGCAUUAUACAUCUAGCUCCAGAUAUGUAAUUUGUGUUUUGUAAUAUACUCCAAUGGUAGGGAGUAUUAAACGUGUAUUAUUUCAUUCAUAUACUACAAUAAAAUGAUAAUCUUAAA